AGAGAGGCAUGAAAACUGAUAAGGAUAAGCGGGAUACAUCGCCGCUGGAUAUACGGAAGAAGACGGGGAACGCUCUCUGUUAUGCUGGACUCUAGUCAGAAUGGGUGAGCGUCAGACCUACGUGAAGCUCAGUGAAGAGAAACUCAUACCAAAGUCUGACAUCCUGUCACUGCUGAGGACGUACAACUGUUAUCACGAAGGGAAGAACUUCCAGCUGAGGACUCGUGAGGAAGAUGGGGAGCUCAUCCUCGAGGGGCUGCUUAACAUCUACUGGGGUCUACGCCGACCAAUAAGGCUUCAGAUGUAUGAUGACAAUGAAAGAUUCCGUCUCAACAGGAAUGAUAGGUCAGCUACGGCAAAGCAGUUGUCAGCAGAGGCUAACAAUAACUCAGUGGGAAGAGAAACUGGACCAGCAGCUGGUGACAUGGGUGGUCAGGAGGAAGAAGACUCCCCUCAGCUGCUGAGGACCAGGAGUGAUGCCUCGUUCAUGCGGGUUCAGAGGAGGUCCAACACACACACUGCCAGAGAUCUGCAGCGGUUGCGCGCGCACAGGUUCUCAAUCAACGGCCACUUCUACAACCACAAGACAUCUGUAUUCACUCCAGCCUAUGGCUCGGUCACCAAUGUACGAGUUAACAGCUCUAUGACGACUGGACAAGUCCUCAACCUGCUGCUACACAAAUUUAGGGUGGAGAACAAAUCUGAAGAGUUUGUCCUUUAUAUGGUGCAUGAGUCUGGCGAGAGAGCCAGGCUGAGGGAUGGUGAAUACCCGCUGGUGACUCGUGUGCUUUACGGACCCUGUGAGAAAAUCUCCAAGAUUUUCAUCACUGAGGCCGACCUGGGAGAGGAAGUCACAUAUGAUGUGGCCCAGUACAUAAAGUUUGAAAUCCCCGUUUUAGACAGCUUUGUAGAAAAGCUUAAAGAAGAAGAGGAACGCGAGAUAACCAAACUGACCAAAAAGUACAGCGCUCUGAAGUCUAUGAUUCUACAUCAGCUCGAAGGCAGGGGUCACACCAGUGACAGAGUAUGAGAGCGUGUGUGUGUGUGUGUGUGUGUGUGUGUGUGUGUGUGUGUGUGUGUGUGUGUGUGUGUGAGUGUGUGUGUGUGUGUGUGUGAAAGGGGAAAGGGUGGGUGCAACACUAAUGACUGUUGAUUUACUAUGGGAAGAUGUCCAAAUAUUGUAGUGAAUGUAGAGGUAAAGGUGAAAGGGUGUUUCUACUUGCAAUGUGCUUCUACUUUUAGAACUAUAUAUCUCACUCCUUUCUAAAAACCUGUUUUGUUAAUAUUUUUUACUAUGAACCGUGUUUUGAUAUCUCCUAUUAAUAUAUUUGCAUUUUGUAUGAAAAUUCUUACUGCACAUACGGAUAUUUAUACAAAAUGUUUUUGGUAAUGUUUUUCUCUGACUCUGACCUUUUUAUGUAAUAAAACGUCUUUAGUGUUGCCCUUAUAAA